AUGUGGCGCUACCUUCAUCUCCUCUAUCUAGUCGGACUCGCCUCAUCCGAAAUCUACCGUCUCGACUUCAGUUUCGACGGCAAACCAAAUGGCAACGUAUUUCAGCCCGGCGAGACCGUAAAAGGAACCGCGCAUUUCUAUAAUGACAAGCCAGAUAUCACUAAUGUACAACUCAAAUUGAUUGGCGAUGCUCGCGCGGUCGACAUCGACGACAAAAAAAUCAAGGAUCGCGUCUACAUCAAAUAUUUCGAAGAGGAGAAGACGCUCUAUUCGGACAAGAAGCCGCUAGGCGAGGGAACGCACGACUUCAAGUUCUCGCUCAAACUUCCGAAACACAUUCCGACGUCGUACGAAUACGGAAACAACGCGAUUCGCCACUAUCUCCAAAUCAGCGGAGUCAAAAUUAAUCGAAUCCAAUGUUUAGUCGUCGCCGAUGUCGAUUUGAGCAACGAUGGCUCGUAUGAGAAGCCGGCGAGCGUCGAGUGUAAGCUGAAAGUCGGCCUCAUCAAAAAAUCCGAUUUCAAUAUUAAGAUGUCGCUUCCAAAGACCGGCUACGUGCUCGGCGAGCCGAUUCGCCUCAACGCGCCACUCGAGAAUCACAGCUCGUACAAAAUCGAUAAGGUGUUCGGCGAGCUCGCGAUCUACACCAAUUUUUUGACGGUGAGAAACGGCCGAGUUUUCGGCGUCGGCGAUGCGCCUCUCAAACCGACCGAUGCCAACGUCAAGGUGCACACUUCUGACAACGCGCAAGCAGCGAGACUGUUCGAGCCAUCCAGCGACGAAGGCAAACUCGAAAAGCAGACGCUUCAUCUCGAGAUAAUGUCGAGCAAAGCCGGCGACGCGCCAACGAUGAAGCUCGGAAUUGUGCCAUUCGCUUAUAUCGAGUGGUACGUCAGGGUCUACGUCAAAUUCGACAGUUUUCUUCAAGACAAACUGAUGUGUCGAAUUCCGGUGACGAUUGGCACGAUUCCAACGAAAUCGGUGAGCUUCAAACACGCCGAUUCGUACGCCCUACCGAAUUAUGGACGCGGUCUGCUUGACGACGGCGAGGCGACGAAAUGGCACGGUGGUCAUGUCUAUCCAGUCUAUGCGCAAUUCGGCAAAUCUCAAUAA